AUGAUUCCAAUUCCACCUCUCUUGUUGUUCUCUGGUAUCGUUGUCGGAUUUUCCAUAUUAUUUACGUGUACUAUCCACAAAUCUGAAUCCAUUUGCUCAGAUAAUACGACGAAAAUUAGACGUUCAUCAGAACAAAAAUUAAUUCUGCCUAUUUUCGUAGAGAAUAUCUCCAAACUUCAUUUAUCGGCAUUAUCUAGAAACAAAAUCAUUUUUAAUUCUGGAUUUAUGCCUCUUUCUUACUUCAAUAUGAUUUCCUCUUUUUUAUUUAAAAUAAACAUAAAAAAUUUUUUCGACAAAUUAAAUAUCAAUAUUUAUAAAAAGACUGAUGAAAAUUUUCAGUUUAAGCCUAAUCACAUUGUUAAGAAUAUAGAAGAUGAUAAUAUCGAGCUAUAUGAUCCAGAGAUAAAACAAAAUUUAACCAUUCUAUUCGAUCAUCUUCAAUAUUGCUAUUUGUAUAAAAAGACAUACUCUACGCUAUUUUACUAUCGAUCAAAUAGAACGAUUAAUGAUAGUUUAUUUCAAUCUCUCAAGUUUGAAGUUUAUAUAAUAAAAGAAGGAGUAAAUUCGCUCUCUAUUCACCACUAUUGUCAAUUUUAUGAAUCCUUUUUGCCAACACCAAAUGAUUACCAUAUAUGUUUGCAUUACAGUGAUUACUCUUAUUCGGACAUAGAAAUUUUAUAUUCCAAACUUCAAUCUUCUUUACGAACACCAGAAACGAAUGAUGCAUUUGAUCUAUUUAACUCCGCUUUUAUAAUGAGUGAAAUCUAUUAUUCAGAACAAGUCCAGGAGGUCAAUUAUGAUAACAAAGAUCAAGUAUUUAGUCUAAAAUAUUAUCAUACACCUACUGAAACUAUAAAGACUCAUAACGAAAACUCAGAAAACAAUCUGGAAAAAGAUAUAGAUCAAUUCUUCCAAAUUUUUGAGGAAGAAAUAGAUUUUGAGAGAAGUGAAAUACUCGGAGACUUUAGUAGAUUGAAAACCGAAUUAAAAAAUAUAUGCGAUCAACACUAUGACUUCUUAGAAGAUUUUGAAAUUCAAGUAUGGGGAGAAUCCGGAAUAAGAAAUGUUCCUUAUUCUCGACUAAAUAAACCAGUAUAUCCAGGUCGACUUCCAAAUUUAAAAAUGAAUCGAUCUUAA